AUGGAAGCCGAUGAUCUGUCGAAUUUGAAAGCCGCAGGCGCGUUGUCACCGACCAUGUCAACGUCCGGUCCAUGGAUCAUGCGAAAACAGCAUACAAUUGUGGUCCUCGGAAGUGGGGGUGUGGGCAAAAGCGCUCUAACUGUAAAAUUCGUCUCCGGGAAAUUUGUUGAGAAGUAUGACCCGACCAUCGAGGAUUUUUACCGCAAAGAUGUCCUGAUUGAUGGUGUUCGUCAUACACUAGAAAUCUUGGACACCGCUGGAACAGAGCAGUUCUCAUCGUUGCGUGAUCUGUACAUCCUAAAUGGUCAGUGCUUUCUCAUCGUGUACAGCUUGACCAGUCUGCAGACUUUCAACGAAAUCCGUGGCAUGCGGGACAACAUCCUUCGAAUUAAAGGCAUUCCUCUAAACUCCACUCAGACAGUUCCAAUCGUAUUAGUCGGCAACAAAGUGGACUUGGCUAUGGAAGAUCGCCGUGAAGUCAAUCGAUCGGAAGCCGAAGAUUUGGCAGCACACUGGUGUUGUCCGCAUCUGGAAACCUCAGCGAGAGACGAGAUCGGCGUGAAUGAAGCUUUUAUUGAAGUAGUCAAUCAGGCAUGUUUUGGCUGUUGUGUGAACUUACUCGUAGAUUGGUAA